ACGUGACUGGCAGUGCGAUAACGGGAAAAUGGCGUCAGAGGAGAGCUUACUUUUCUGUGUUCCUGAAUUUUCUUCCCAAGUUUUCUCAGGGCUGCACAGCCUUAGGAAAGAUGGAAAGCUCUGCGAUAUUCAACUUGGGGUAGGUGAUUUCCAUUUGAAGUCUCAUCGUGUGGUUUUAGCUGCUGCGAGUAGCUAUUUCAAUGCCAUGUUUACUGGAGACAUGAAGGAAAGUCGACAAGAUGAAGUCAUCUUGUUCGGCGUGGAAUUUUCAGCUUUAGAGGAUCUGGUGAACUUCUGCUACACGGGAAGGAUUGAAAUUAACGUAGAUAAUGUGCAGAAUCUACUCUGUGCCUCUAAUUUGCUGCAGUUGACGAGUGUAAAGCAAGCGUGCGUUGAGUUUCUACACCGCGUUCUUCAUCCGACGAAUUGCCUCGGCAUCCGGUCUUUCGCUGAUACCUAUUCGUGUGUAGAUCUUGUGGAAGCAGCCGAUGUUUUUGCUGUGAAAAACUUCUCUGAGGUUGCGAGGAGUGAAGAAUUUUUGAGCCUGGCCCCCGAAGCGGUUGUGGAGAUGAUCUCGCGGGAAGAAUUAAAUGUCCGCACAGAAGAAGAAGUUUUCGAAGCAAUUUCAGCUUGGGUGAGAAGAGAAGAAGACGAGCGCAAAGAUUUCCUUCCAGAAUUGCUCAAGAACGUGAGACUGCCUUUGAUUAGCCCGCAGUAUCUAUGCGACAAAGUCUCCAGCGACGAGCUGAUAAAAAGCAAUUUAGCAUGCCGUGACCUGGUAGACGAAGCAAAGGACUACCUUCUUAUGCCUGAGCGGAGAUGCAAGCUUCAAUCAAUCCGCACGAAACCAAGGCGAUGCAGUGAAGCUGCGGGUUUGAUUUAUGCCAUUGGCGGCCUUACCUCCUCUGGGGAGGCCCUUAGCACUGUGGAAACGUAUGAUACUUUGACCGGACAAUGGCUGCCUGGCCUGCCUAUGAGUACGUUGCGUACCCGUGUUGGUGUAGCUGUCCUUGAUAAUAAAUUGUAUGCCCUAGGUGGAUUUGAUGGGCACAAGCGACUAAGCACGGUGGAAUGCUUUAAUCCACAGUUUCAAACAUGGAAGGCAGUUGCUCCCAUGAAUACACGCCGCAGUGCUCUUGGUGCAGUGGUGGUUAGCGGAAGGAUUUAUGUUGUAGGUGGGUAUGAUGGCCACAUCUCGCUAAGUACUGUAGAGUGCUAUUCUCCAGCUGCCAACAGCUGGAAGUUUGUAGCCCCAAUGGGGACGCUCCGUAGUGCUGCUGGUGUCACAGAGUUGAAUGGAAAGAUUUUUGCCAUUGGCGGACACAACGGCUUAUCAAUAUUUAACACCGUAGAAGUGUACAACCCACAAACUAACACAUGGGUGCAAAGUCCACCGAUGAGUGUUCGAAGAUGUAGAGUUGGUGUUGCCACCUUAAAUGGUCGCAUCUAUGUGUGUGGAGGGUAUGAUGGCAGUUGCUUUCUCAACACUGUAGAGUGUUUUGACCCAGAGACUGGACAGUGGACCUUUGUGGCCCCCAUGAAUACUCGUCGCAGUAGGGUAGCUGUGGUAACUCUAGGUGGAAGGUUGUAUGCGAUUGGAGGCUACGAUGGCUUGUCAAACCUUAAUACUGUGGAGUGCUUUGAUGUACUGAGCAACAGGUGGACCCCUGUGGCAUCCAUGGGCAUGCAUCAAGGAGGUGUUGGAGUAGGGGUACUUCCUAGAGGACCAUUUUCUUAGAACAUAAUGCAAAAAAUUUCCUAAAUCACCUUACAGGUUGAUAGAAAACAUUCUUCAUGGAAAAAACAGUAAAUCUAAAGGAAUAGCUUUGAAAGUUAUUGUUCACUAUUGAGAGGAGCUUUAAAAGUUUAGUUAUGGAUGGAUGGAUGGAUGGAUGGGUUAGAUGACCACUCCCCAUGGGGCUUUUCAGGGCCAUUCUU